UUUGGCGCCUGCGCAUCGGGACCGUCCUCUGUUGGUCUGGCGUGCUCGAUUCCCCCUCGGACAGACGUGCAAUUCCCCCAGGAGAUUAUAGGCGGGAGGAGAGCGAAAGGAGUCCGGGGGAGGGUGUCUUCUUUCCCGGUGUCGCGCCAUGACGGCGAACGAGGACCAGGAGAUGGAGUUAGAAGCAUUACGUUCUAUUUAUGAAGGUGAUGAAUGUUUUAGGGAACUUAGUCCCAUUUCCUUUCAAUAUAGGAUAGGUGAAAGUGGGGACCCCAAAGCUUUCCUUAUAGAAAUAUCAUGGCCAGAAACAUACCCGCAAACUGCUCCAGUCAUAUCAAUGGAUGCAUUCUUCAACAAUGCCAUAUCCUCAGCCAUAAAACAAAGCAUAUUGGAUAAACUAAUGGAAGAAGUUGAAGUUAACCUUGGAACCUCAAUGACAUAUACAAUAUUUGAAUAUGCCAAAGAUAAUAAAGAGCUGUUCAUGGAAAAUCAACCAGUUAAUACCGUGACAGCAUUGAAUAACUGCAUCUCAACUGGACAUUCUGAUGCAGCACAACCAAGUAAGAAAAAGGAGAAAAAGGAACAAUUGUCCAAGACGCAAAAGCGGAAGUUAGCUGACAAAACAGAUCACAAAGGAGAACUUCCUCGAGGAUGGAAUUGGGUUGACGUAAUCAAGCAUCUGAGCAAAACGGGCUCCAAGGAUGAUGAAUAGGAGGACUUUGAUAUAGGAAAAUCUUAGCUGAAUGCACAUUGUAAUAACAUUUAUCUUUUCACACGUUUUAUAAAUAACAGUUCCUCACAUGUUUAAAUGUGUUAAAGUGUACCCAUCAAGAGCAACAUUUUUCCAGCUUUAUGAUUUUCUUCCUAUCAUGUGUUUUCCUUUAGAGGAAAUAUGUCAAAGGCGGUGUCGUUGUACUUAGACUAUGUCAUGACACUGAGUGUAAUAACAUGUAAUUUUAAUGUAUAUUAUUCACUGUACUAAAUCAUAAAAAUCUUCGAUGGUAAAUGAAACUAACAUAGCUAAUUUUAGAACACUUUAAAAAUUCCAGACCUCUUAAUCUCUACAUUUGUAUUAGAAUCCCAUUGUUGACUUCGGUAUCAUUUCAGCCUUUAUUAAUUGAAAAUGUUUAUUGUAGGCUGAAGUUAUGAAAAAUAUAUACCGGCUUGAAUUACGAUUUAAAAAAAAAGAUUUUAUAGCCCAAAUCAAGUGAUCACUUAGCAUCCCUUAUGUGCAUGAUAUAUUCAGUAUAGUCAUAUAUUCUUCAGUGUGAAAUAGAAAACAAAACAAGGCCGUUAGGUACAAAAAAAAAUGUAGCAACAGUGAUACCCAUUUUCAUGACAAUUUUGCUACUACUACAUUGUAUCCUAUUGAUGCUCCAACACUGAUGCCUUCUGUCCAUGGGCAGUCAGCCCAUACCAAAGAAUGACUAUCCCCAUUAUUUAAUUGAAACCUAUACAUCCAGUGUUCUAUAGAUAAUACCAGACAGUAAAAAGGAAAGAAGUACUAUUCCCUUGGCAUAAUUGUUAAUAUAUGAAGAAAACAGACAAUUACAAAAGUGGACCCUACAGAUAAGAAAGAAGGAAUGAUGUAAGAGUGAACUCAUAAGACAGAAAUACUGACCAAUUCUUAUAACUCUAGGGGUGCAGGAUUGAAUAUACUGGUGCAGCUUGUAGCGUCUGUGGUCUUCCGGCUGUUGUUGAACUUCCACUGCCAGCUUCCCUUACCACUGGCCAUGCUGUUCUUAGCUGCUGGGAGUUAUAGUUAGCAAUAACUGAAGGCCUUAUGUUCUCACUAUGAAAUAAGCUCCAUUAAAAACAAUUGAACAUAUUUCUGCAUAGGAUUACACUAUAUGAAGAAUUUCAUACAAUGCAUAUGAUAAAGAAAUUACUGGUAUUGCUACUGAAAAUGCCAUUUCUUGUAGUCCAUAUUUGUCGUUGCCAAAAAAUAACGGGAUACUGGCUUCAGGUGCUGCCCACACUUCAUUUAUUUCCGUUUCAGUUACUUUUUCACUUGGAAAAUUAGGAAUUGUCAUUAGUUUUCCACUAAAUUAAUAGAUAA